CUGCCGGGGGGGGGAGGUCUGUCCGGUACCGCGGCCCGGCCCGGCCCGGCCCGCCACCGCCGACCCGGGAAGAGGGCGAGCGGGUCCCGGGGAGGGGAAAGGUGGGGGGGCGGCUCGGUGCCCUGGCCCGCGGGCGCCGGAGCGCCGUUCAGCCCGACCGACACACACACACCACACCCCGUGCGCCCCCCCGAGUGGCGGCGGCCAGCGCGGCGCCCUGCGAUCGCGGCACGUGGUCGGCGCGGCGCGGCAGGAUCCCCAUCGCCCGCGGCUCCCCGCAGGAUGGCUCCCCGUCGGAGGAAGCGCGGCGCCCCGCGGCCGGCGGCGGCCGAGGCAGCGGAGCCGGCGGAGCCCCCGCCGAAGCGGGCGCACGCCCCGGGCGAGAGCAGCCCGGGGGUCGCUGGCCCCCGCGUCGUCAUCGAGCACUGCAAGAGCUGACGGGUGUUCGGGCGCACGGCGGCGGCGCUGAGCGAGGCCCUGCGCGGGGCCGCCGCCCACCUCCCCGUGGACAUCAACCCCCGCCCGCCGCGCAGGAACAGCUUCGAGGUGUCCCUGGUGAAGGAGGACGGCAGCACCGUGGAGCUCUGGAGUGGCAUCAGGAAGGGGCCCCCCCGCAAGCUGAAGUUCCCCCAGCCGGAGGCCGUGGUGGAGGCCCUGAAGAGCAGCUUGGCAUAGAGACAGCAGCCAGCCAGACCAGGACCGGCAUCUGUGGCAUGAGCGUCCAUGAAGAGGCGAGACGAAGUGGGGGGCACCCGCCAGCCCCAGUCCCGUCUCCGAUGCUGCAGCUCCGCCACAGGCAGCCGCCACUGGCCCCCCCUUGUUCCCCCACACCCCUCCUUGUCCCCCUGCUGUUCCCCAAUAAAGCUUGGCAGCCCCAUGGUGCA